UGUGAGCUGACGCGAGAUGAUUUUUUAUCUUUUCUUUCUGUAUUUUCCAACAUUGGUGUACUCGGCUUGCCACUAUAUUGACGCAUUUUGGAUGGUGAGAUAUGUUGGAUUAAAAAAGUAUGAUCCUGAAAAUUCUCCAGAGCCCCCAGCUGUAUUCCAGACUGGCAUGAAGAGUGUAAACAUAAGUUGGGCACAUAUUAUUGAGGAUUCCCACUGUGUCGACAGGUAUGUUGUACAUGUUUGGGAUGUAAAGAAGAAUCAUAUACGGUACAUAUUCAACUCUUCUAUCUUUACUGCAGUACUUGAAGUCCCACGCUGUACAAGCCUAAAGAUCCAGGUAGAACUUCAAGAAGACGACAAACCUGGAAAACCCCCAGAUUCUAGGAUGACCUUUCCAGCUCCUGUAGCGUUGGUUACAAAGUGGAUUGAAGAACCAAAAUAUACAAUUAACAGAUCUUUGGUUGAAGUAGAUAAAAGUUUCUCACAUUGGAGUCAAAUAUUUGAUCCAUCUACAAUAAGGGGAAUUGAAGUUGAUUGGUCUGCAAGCUUAAUAAACUCUGUCUGUAUCUCUACAGGAGAAAUAGUAGUUUCUAGGCUUGUAGUUGGAGCGAUCAGUGACACUGUUAAAAAAAUAAAGGUUCCUGUUGUCUAUUCUGACGAGAGAAGUACACUAUCUCUACCCUGUCAGGAUUCUAUACUGUACAAUAUAAAUGUAAAUUUCUAUCAGAAUGUAAAAGUUAAUGGCAGGCUUGAGAGGUAUGUAGCGAAGAGUAAAGAACACAGUAUUCUUCUCCAGUGCCCUUGGACUGAGGGUUAUUCAUCAGCUAAUGCAGUAGAAUAUUCUAGAAUCAUGCUGGUAGCCUUCUUAACUUUAUUCAUCAUUAGAAUAUGCUAGAAUCAUUCUUGCAAGUUGCAAGCCCUCUUAGUUGUAUUUAUCAGCUGAUUUAGUAGAAUAUUCUAGAAUCAUUCUGACAACCCUCUUCACUUAUUCAUCAGCUGAUUCAGUAGAAUAUUCUAGAAUCAUGCUGGUAACCAUCUUAACUUUAUUUAUCAGCUGAUUCCAUAGAAUAUUCUAGAGCCAUGUUGGUAGCCAUUUUAACUUUACUCAUCAGCUGAUUCAGUAGACCAGUAAAAACCAAGAUGCUUAUCCCAUUGAAUAUUCUAGAAUCAUACCUUAACUUUAUUGUUGAUUUCUUAGGAUAUUCUACAAUAAUUCUGAAAACAUUUUUCCUUUAUCACAUUCUCUUCAUUCAUAUUUUGCAUAAUAAAUUGAAAUUAUCUCUGA